GACAAAUACAAUAACAAAAGAAUAAAAGCAGGCAGUCAGACCGUGUGAGUCAUCAGUUGAACUACGUCGAGACGACGAAAACAGGAGCAACAGAAAGUAACUUCGUCACUGCGCUGCAGCAGUAUUUUGGGAAGAGUCAACAAAUUUGGGUCAUAGAUUUAGAAGCAGUGUGAUACGAUGUCCUUAAAUACGGCGCACGCCAACAAUGGCGUUCUAAUACACGCUGGAGAGGGAAUCCUAAUCUUCAGUGAUCAUGUGACGAUCGAGUUCACCGGCCACGACAACCCGUCAAUGAAGGGAACCAAGCAGGGCCGUGUUUACCUCACUACGCACCGAGUCAUCUACAACAGCAAGCAGGAGAACGACUCGGUCCGCUCGUUCAGCAUGCCGUUCGUAUCGAUGCGCGAGGUCGAGGUGGAGCAACCGGUGUUCGGUGCGAACUACAUCAAGGGUAAAGUGCAGGCGCAACAGAACGGCAACUGGACGGGCGAGGCAAAGUUUAAGAUCGUCUUUAAGCAUGGCGGUGCGAUCGACUUUGGUCAGGCGAUGCUUCGGGCCGCUUCGAUGGCGCAACGUAACGCCGGCACUGCUCCUCCGCCACCGUACACGCCACCGGGUGGUGCCUGGUAUGCGGCUCCACCGCCAGCUUACACACCGAAUGCCUACGGCUACGGUUGGGUACCUGGAGCGAGCGUUUUCCCGGAGCAACCGCAACCGAACUCGAUCUACAUGCACGACAGCCCGCCACCGUAUCCGGGUAUCAUCCCGCAGCAGGGUCCAGGGGCCUACCCGCAACAACCGGGAGUGGCCGGUUAUCCGCAACAACCGGGAGCGGCUGGUUAUCCGCAGCAGCAGCCCGGCUACCAGUAUCCGCCGCAACAGCAGCAACAAUUCGCCGGCGGAUUUAUGCCACAGCCGACCGCGAGUGGAUACCCAAUGCAGGCCGGUUUCGCGACCGGCCCUGGUGCCGGAUACCCGAACGGAAACGUUGGCUAUCCGCAGCCGGGAUCGUCGAGCGGAACGAUGGGUUUUUCGGCUCCUCCCCAACCACCACCGAACUCCAAGGAGGCGGAAGCGGCACAAAGUGCCUACUACGAUCCCAAUAGGCCGCAGACGGCUUACGUUCCACCACCGGCGUAUUACGAACCACCGCCAAGCUACAGUUCUCUGAACAAAAAGGAACAGUAAUACACGCACGCACGAACGAACGAUCAUACAAUAAUGAUGGCCCGACACUAUAAUCUUCUCGGCGUAUAGAAAUAUUCCACUUUGCCUCCAUAUGCAUCGCGUUAGAAAAUCGGAGGGGAGGAAUUCCUAAUCAAAUCAAUUCCUUUAUUAUUAUCUGCUUGGUUCUGUUGUGGGAUUUUUGUUUAAAUUUACACUUUGCAAAUUGUUUAGCCGAAGAUCUUCACAUAGGCUUUUGUGUACAAGCAACGACCAUUAGCAAAUUAUAACACGUGAAGUCAACGCCAGUGCCCUGUAGCGAUAAAAAUGCAUCGGGGCUUUUAUUCGAAAAAUUGUUAACUGUUAUCUGUUACCCAUUUCGGAACAUGCAAGGAAAUGUGUGUGUGUGUGAUAGUUGUAUGUAUGUCCGUUUGGUAUGGUCACGGCCUUUACAGGUCCGUAUGUAUGGAUAGAUUGGAUGUGCGUCAGGAUGCAUGGAUCGGAAGAUGUUGCCGAUGCUUUUGUUGUAUCUCUAAAUUCCCUACUAUGGAUGUUAAAUCAUGGUGUAAAGUUCAUUCGAAUAUUCAAUGAAUCAAAUAAGCUAUAAUCUUCACUACUCA